AUGGUCAACUUCGUCGCUUCAGUCACUCUUCUUCUCUCCGCUGCUUCCGCAGUCGUUGCUGUCCCUAGCGCCCUUGAGAAGCGCAAGGUGACCUGCAGAGAUGAUCGUCCAGCAAGUGAACUGGCCAACGUUAACGAAGCCGUCGCAUGCAUCAACUACCUGGCCAGCCUAGGCAGCCAACCUUGCGUUGCUACAGUCUCCGGCCAAUCAUUCUGCAGACGGGGUAACACGCAGAUCACCGGCCUUGCUCGCAAUGGUAACACUGCAACCUCUACUUGUCAGGAGGUGGCCCGUGGUGCUGGGUUCAUUAUGGACAAGUGCUCUCGUGGUGACGGAAAGGUCCGUGGUGCUAAUGAGGCUUGGGCAAAUGGAAAUCUCCUCGUCGAUAUCCGCAGAGUCGUUCAAUAA